GGAAAGCAAUAACAACUACUGCGCCACACAUCAUCGUAAAAGAAGGAAAAAUACCAUUUCUGCCGUUCGCAGGUUUUCCUUUGUUUUUUUGUUUUUGCGUUUUCUUAACUAACCGUUGUUCUUUGUUGUUUCUGCGUAGACGAGUGUUCCUGCCGUUCUCUGGUGUGGGUGUAACGCUUGUCUUCAUCGCGCUGAGUGUUUUUAUUGGGCUUCUAAUCGUUUCUGUCUACUACUCGAAAAUGUCCGCAGAGGAGCAACUGGACCACCACGCCGAGGAGCCGAAGCCGACGGCUGCACAGGCCGAGAAGGCGGAGGAGUCCGGGAAGGAGGCAGCGACGACCGCCACGCCGGCCAACGAAGCGCAGCCGUCCUCGUCGGCAAAGAAGAACAAGGCGAACUCCUAUUAUUAUUGGCACGGCCAUGAAAAGGAGCGGGCGAAGCACGGCGAUGUGGCGCCGAUGCCCACGCCGCACCUCGUGUCGAAGGACGACAACGUCACGGUGACCGUCCCAGUGGUGCCAACGGUCUCUGUUUCGAAGUACAGCUGGUGUGAUGGUGACAAAUUUGUUUCGGUGUACGUGGAGGCUGCCACGCCAGCCAGUGGCGAAACGCUGGCGGACGACUCCAUCGAGGCCGUCUUCACACGCAACUCCUUUACGCUCUCCUUUACCACGACGGAUCAGGCCGGCAAGAAGCGCACAAAGCAGAUGGUGACGCGUCUCGCGAAGCGCAUUGACGCCGACCGCAGCUCCACGAAGGUCAAACCGAAGACGCAGGAGAUUUUGGUGAAGCUGGCGAAGAAGGUGCCGAGCGUUUGGCUGGAUUUGGAGGGCAACGCCAGCGACCGCGACUCCGCUGAUGAUGAGCCGCCCGAGGAGAAAUGCGAGGAGGAGGACGACGAGGAAUGA